AUGUCUUCAUACCCAGCACUAGAUACUCUGCCCAAUGAGGUUCAACUCCAAAUCUUUUCUCAAAUCGCAGCCCACGACCUAAGCACAAUUGCUCGAACCUCGAAACGCCUCAACCAAAUUGCAACACCGCUUCUCUGGAAUGAUAUUGAACUCCAUGAAGAAGGUUACCAUGAGUCCAGACACGAGCUCAAAACCCCUCCUCCAGCGAGAGAUCCAGUGCGUCGACCUUAUCAUUCCAAGCAGCAAUGGGGAAACGGGCAAGGCGCGCGUAUGAAGGCUUCUCAGUUCUUCGAGAUACUUCAGAGAAUGCAUAAAGAGAACACGAAUCGUUUGCAAGAGAUCACACAACGUGUAAGGCAUUUUUGUACUGUGAUUGAUCCUUCCUGGAGACCAGUGGAUAAAGAUGAUGAUUCCGUUGAUACCGAGGCCAUUCAAGUCUGGCAUCUUUUGCCGUAUUUUUCAAACCUGGAAACCUUGGAAUUAUACGGAGAGUAUUACUGCUCUCAAGAGGUUGAGGAACAAGUUUCUAAAAUUAUUGGGUCUCCUCCGAAACUCCGAUUCCUCAAGCUCUCGGGCUACAUGCCACGAGAAGUGCCAGCAUGGCUACUUAGAGUGGGAGAUACCUUAGAGCGUCUUGAACUCGAUAUGUUGGACCGCCCCAUCUCAACAUAUCUAUCCAAUGAUCCUCAUUUUACUCCUCUUCCAUGUGAGAAGAUAAAUACAGACGAUGGAAAUGCUUCCGAAUCAGACUACGGAAGUGUGACUGACGACAUGAUCAUCCCUCGACCCCUGGGGAGCAUUUUUACAGAUUGUGGCGACUACAAGCUGAAGUUGCCGAAACUAAAGCAUUUAUUUCUUGGUCAGCCAGCAGAAUCAUGUUACACAAAUGAUUUUGCAACAUAUAGCUGGUCAAAGCGCGCCGAGUCAGCCUGCUACGACGACUGGCUUAAAAUUCUAGAGGCUUCGAAGAAAACACUUGAGACGUUGGUUCUCGAGCAGAGACCAUCGGCUGAUUUAAUUGAAGGUGAUGGUUACAGCGAAGACAUGUGGAUGGAGGAAAGGGCAUGGUCUCAUGCAAGUAAAAUACUUCUUGAGAUGGUGGAAAAAGUUAUGUCUUCUGAGGCGAAUCAGCUAUCAUUGAAGCAAGUAUAUCUGUAUGGUGUAGUUGCUGGGUUAGAAAAAGAUGGUAUGUCGUUUUUGGAUUUUCCUGCGGGCAAGUUUAUGCAAUUUUUGAAGGAUCGUGGGGUCGAGUGCGAAGCGAGACGGGGAACGUGGUGCUUCUUUGAUAGACAGUCAGGAUCUGUGGACUGGUGCUCUUGGGAUGCAGCGUACGAGGAUGAAGAGGAGGAGGAGGAGGACAAGGAUGAAGAUGCUGAACCAAAAACGAAGUGGGAUACGGUACUGGCCAAGGUUUGA